GUCAAAUAAAAUACACAAAUCCUCACAUUAUUCGUCAUCACAAUUGCCAUUUUUCUUCUAUUUAAAUCCCAAACCAUUUAUUCUUACAACGUCAAAGAAAGUUUGUAUUCUUUUUAGCAAAAAUAAAAAUAUUAAUAAAAAAAGAGGCGUCUACUCUGAAAAAGCAAUGGAGUUUGAGUUUGAUGAUCAAGAACGCUUCUGUGAGACUCCUAAGCUUCCUCUGUUCUCGGUUCCAUUACACCGAGCAGCUGAUACUCCUGGCUUAGCGACGCCGCCUGUGAACAUCGCCGGAUCAGUGCCGUUUCUAUGGGAGGAAGCUCCUGGAAAGCCUCGCGUAACAGAUGAGAAUAAACCUCCGGCGUCAAAGCAGAACGCCGGAGGAGGAGGAGGAGGAGUCGUGAGGUGCCUUGAGCUUCCGCCGAGGCUGAUUUCGCCAGCCACAGCGGAUGAGCCAUCCCCGACCACAGUUCUUGAUGGCCCUUACGUUAUACCUCGCCGGUCUUUGUCAGUGAUAUGGAGAAGCGAAAAACAAACCGAGUGUAGCUCCAACUCUUCACAUUCCACGAACGGUUGCUGCUGCGACGGUGGCGGGACAACGGUGAAGAUAAGCAGAGUUAGAAGAAAAGGAAGCCUGUUGAAUCUUUCUCACUCUAAAUCGGAUUUCUUGGCAAGGGUUUACAAAGGGUUUAAGCAAGUGAUUCCAUGGAGGCGUAAGCAAGAGAAUCUUCCAAGGAUGAGUUCUUCCAAUAUUUAGAAACAAAUCUCUCCAGUUUAUUUGUAAUUCUCUAGUUUAUAGACUAAUAUAUUCCUCAGUAUAUACAACUUAGUUUGCAGACAUGAGAAUAUUACAGUAACCUUUCCAAAUAAUAGUAGUAUAAUCGAAUAUGACACAUACUGGUGACGAGCCAAGA